CAAACAAAACUAAUAAUAACAAUAAGGAAAGUGACUUCUCUUGGGUUUCCUUAGGUAAGGAAUUAUACAAAACAAUUACAAAUACAAUUAAUGAUAUAAAUGAAGGAAAGUCCUUAAUAUCAAUCAUAUCAGAAAUGCUGCUAAACAUUGGACCUUUAAUAAAAACACCGAUAGAAUACAUUAAUGAAUAACAUAAUAUCAUGGAAUGCAAGAUCAAUAAUAAACAAAGAAACAGAAAUAAACUACUUAAUAUACAAAGAAAACCCAGAUAUAAUAGCAAUAUGUGAAACAUGGUUAAAGGAUAAAGAUAAAUUCAUGAUCCCAAAUUAUGAUAUAAUAAGAAAGGAUAGGGCAAAUCAGAUUGGUGGAGGUUUAGCAUUUUGUAUAAAAAACUCAAUUCAAUAUAAAGACAUUAAAUUAAAUGACAGCCAAGAACAAAAACUUGAAGUACAAGCCAUUAAAGUACCUUUCAACAACAAAUGGCUAAAUGUAAUAUUAAUGUAUAACCCAUGUAAAAAUAUUACAAAAGAAGAAAUAGAGCACUAUUCUAACCAAAUAGACGAACCAAAACUUAUAAUGGGAGACCUAAAAGCUCAUCACCCACUUUGGGAAUUAAAUUUAAAUCCAAAGCUCAGUAACAAAACAGGGAAAACCCUUUUUGAUUUUCUAGCAAGUAAUGUAGAAAUAUUACCUACACCACCAGGCCAAACAACAAGAUUCGAUCCAGUUACAGGCAAAACAUCAACAAUAGAUUUAAUAAUUGGUUCUCAAACACUAAGUCACUUUGAAAUAAUAUCAGGCCAACAUUUGAACAGUGACCAUUUACCAAUAAUAAUAAAAAUUGAUGAUAAUCAAAGUCCUCUUAAAAAUAAAGAAAAGGAAUGGCAUUAUACAAAAGAAGGAUGGACUAAAUACCAAAAAGAACUAUUCAAGUUAAAGAUUGAAGACACAAAAGCUCUCCCAAUAAUAGCAAGGCAAAUAAUAACACAAACAAUUAAGGAAUAUAACCAGAGAACAGACAAAAGAAGUCUAGUUUAUAGAAUGAUGGAAACAUGCAAGGAAUUAAAAAUCUUAAUAAAGACAAAUUCUAUAUCAAGUAUAGCACAAAUACCACCUUGGUACGUAUUCACCAAAAUACACAAACUAAUUUUAUGCAUAAUCUUUCUAAAGACACGCCGGAAAAAUAAUAAAAAAUCAAUUUUACAUGAUAGAGAACACAAUGUAUAAAAAUUACAAUAGAAUAUUCACAGAUGGUUCCAAAAUAGAAGCAGUCAAUUCUACAGCAGCAGCAAUUUACAUUAAAGACAAAAAUAUCACAACAACUUGGAAAUUACCGAAAGAAACCCAAAUAAUAGAAGCCAAAUUGUUCGCUAUAAAAGAAGGAUAAGAUAUAUUAAAAACAAUAACUUGGAAAACUUGGUAAUAUUCACAGAUUCUAAAUCAGCAGUUUACUGCAUACAAAACACAAACCCCAAAUACUACAAACAAAUUAUAUUUGAAAUACAAUCAACAAUUCUUAGACUAACAGAAAACAAACAAAAACCAAUAAUACAAUGGAUACCACCACAAAAAAAUAUAAAGAGUAAUGAAAUAGCAGAUCUUGCAGCAAAAAGAGUUCAUAAAUCAACAGAAACUUUUAAACUGACUAAAGACAUCAUAAACAUAAUAAAAGAAAUUAAGUACAAAAACCUAAAGAAUUGGGAAAAAUAUUUAAAUAAUGCCCUAAAUACAAUAACUUAUUACAUAAAACACAGCAGUACCAACCAUGGACAAGAUCUAAAUCCAGAAAAUUAGACACAUGCAUUACAAGACUAAUAACAACACACACAAGACUAAAGCACCAUCUAAACAGAAUGAAAAUUGAAAAUGAUCCCUUUUGCAGAUUGUGUAAAAAUCAAGAAGAAACAGAGGAACACAUACUCCUUCACUGUCCAAGAUUCAAUUCAAAAAGAGUGAUAUUGUUGGAAACAUUAAAGAAAAUAAAAAUUAAUAACCCAAGUGUAAAACUGUUGAUCACAGGAGAUUUUCCAGAAGAUCAAAAAUAUUACAUA